AAUCCCUAAUCCCCCUUCGCAAUUUCCUUCCUUUUCAACUUUCCCGGAAAACAAACAGAAAAUUUCCAGAACCCUUUAUUUGCGACUUCCUAUUUCCCUAGAAUCUCACUCCUCCUUUCCCCCUCUUUCUCUCCCAAAAUCCCUAAUUCCCAUUCCAAUUCCAUAUCUUUCCAUCAAAUUCGCCGUAAAUGAUCAAUCUUUCGCGUAUGAUUUCUUUCUGGGUCCGGUUUUUGAGCCCUGAUGCUUCCGGUAAUGCGUAACAAGGCGGAGAGCAAUAGCGCAAGGGUUUGGAAUUAGUUUAUCGAUCGUUGCGGUGGUUAAAAAUGCUACCUUGGGGUGGAUUGAGUUGUUGUCUGAGUGGAGCUGCUCUUUACCUUCUUGGCAGGAGCAGUGGCAGGGAUGCAGAGAUUCUUAAAUCCGCCACUCGGAUUAAUCAGUUAAAGGAAUUGGCAAAAUUGUUGGAUUCCGAAUUUAGAUUGCCAGUGGUGGUUGCAGUUUCGGGGAGAGUUAGCUCUGAAACCCCCAUCAACUGUGAAUUCACUGGUUUACGAGGCGUAGUUGUGGAGGAAACGGCAGAACAACAUUUUUUGAAACACAAUGAUGCUGGCUCAUGGAUACAGGAUUCUGCUUUGAUGCUUUCAAUGAGUAAAGAAGUUCCCUGGUACUUGGAUGAUGGAACUGGUCGUGUGUUUGUGGUGGGAGCACGAGCUGCCACAGGAUUUGUAUUGCCGGUUGCAAGUGAGGUAUUUGAAGAGUCAGGACGAUCCCUCGUACGUGGGACAUUAGAUUAUCUCCAAGGCCUCAAGAUGCUUGGAGUCAAACGAAUUGAGAGGGUACUUCCAACCGGUACUUCUAUGAGUGUUGUUGGUGAGGCUGUCAAAGAUGACAUCGGUACCAUUAGGAUUCAACGACCUCAGAAGGGGCCAUUUUAUGUCUCUCCCAAAACCAUUGAUCAGCUUAUUGCUAACCUUGGAAAAUGGGCAAGGUGGUACAAAUAUGCAUCUGUGGGUUUGACCGUGUUUGGUGUUUAUUUGGUUGCUAAGCAUUCUAUCCAAUACAUCAUUGAGAGGAAGCGCCUUUGGGAAUUGCAGAAAAGGGUUGUUGCUGCAGCUGCUAAAAGAUCUGGGGAAGAUAGUGCAGGUUCAAACGAAAAAGAUGAUAGUGCAUCAGAUGGAAACAAGAGAGACCGUAUGAUGCCCAAUUUAUGUGUGAUAUGCCUUGAACAGGAUUAUAAUGCGGUUUUUGUCCCGUGUGGUCAUAUGUGCUGUUGUACAACUUGCUCCUUGCACCUGACCACCUGUCCUCUCUGCCGGCGACGAAUUGAUCAGGCUGUAAAGACUUUCCGCCAUUAAGGCUGUGCUUCAAGUGUUUUGAGCGGCAGUAGUAGAUGAAGAAAUCUUGAUGCCUUGAGCAGAAGGUUAUCUAGAGAAGCACUUCCAAACAUGCCCGCGAUUAAACGAUGACUGUUUUGUGUGGUGCGACCCUGCCAAUGCUCCCAUGAACUUUACUCGAGUAAAUUUGCAGUUUUACAUAGUUUUCUUUCCGGAAAUCUUGUGGCAUGGUGCUUUCUUGUAAACCAUAACUGAUUUAAGCGGGUAGACAUUCUUGUAAAUUGUUGUGAUGUAACAAUUUUCAUUGUCGGACUUUAUGAUGGGAGCAAUCCACCUUUGGAGAGUUUCCACGUAUGGCCAGUGUUUAAAAUAUCUAUAUAGGUAGAAAUAUCAAUAUGCAAAUUUAUGUAAAUAUUGAUGCAUAUAUCGAUAUCGGUUGCUUUGACGGAAA